CGGGGCCCGCGGGUGCCCCGCGCUGCCCUCGGGGAAGGCGCGUCCGUGCGAGUCCGGCGGGGCUGCGCCAGCCAGGCCCGCCCAGCCCCGGCGGCUGCGGGGCCGGGCCGGGCCCGAGGGAGCGGGGCUGGGAGCCGGGCUGGGAGCGCGGAGCUCCGGGCAUGGCGGCCAACGAGGACCAGGAGAUGGAGCUGGAAGCGCUGCGCUCCAUCUACGAGGGAGACCUGUGCUUCAGGGAGCUCAGCCCGGUGUCCUUCCAGUACAGGAUAGGAGAAAGUGGAGAUCCCAAAGCCUUUCUAAUAGAAGUUUCUUGGCCAGAAACAUAUCCACAAACAGCACCAGUCAUAUCAAUGGAUGCUUUCUUCAACAACACAAUAUCUUCAGCUAUUAAGCAAAGUAUAUUGGAUAAAUUAAUGGUAGAAGUUGAAGCAAAUCUUGGAACUGCAAUGACAUACACACUUUUUGAAUAUGCCAAAGACAAUAAGGAGGUGUUCAUGGAAAAUCAACCUGUUAACACUGUGACUUCAGUAAGCAAUAGUAUUUCAAUUGGAACUCCUGAUGUGCCACCAAGUAAGAAAAAAGAGAAAAAGGAGCAGUUAUCCAAAACCCAGAAACGAAAACUAGCCGAUAAAACAGAUAACAAAGGAGAGCUUCCACGAGGAUGGAACUGGGUUGACGUAAUAAAGCAUUUAAGCAAAACUGGUUCUAAAGAUGAUGAAUAAAGGACUUUGGUACAAGGAAGCUCCACCUUUUAAUACAGUGCAGUUCUGGCUCACCAUCUCUCUCUUAAUAACUUUCAUAUUUGUUGAAGUAAACAUUUUAUAAAGCUUGAUUUCCUAACUUGUAAAUCUAGUCACACAAGCUUAUCUAGAGACCAUGUGGUCAUCUUCAGAAAAAUCAACCAACAAACUUGCCUUAAAUGAAGGUUAGAAUGUGACAAAGGAUAUAGAGAGCCAGUGUGAUGAAUAGUCCUGAAGUGUUUAUUAAUUUAUAUUUAGUCUGUAGUAAAAUCCUGUUAUAGUGAACCCAAUGAUACUGUAAACAUUUCUUGAUGUUCUUAUUCCAAUUGAAGAAAAAAGCACUAUAACAGUGAUGGUGGCUUGAUAGUUUAAUUCAUCAAAAUAAAUUGUUCCAUGGAAGUAAGAACUUUGUCAUUUGUUUAUCUAGUAUGAACCAGAAGGAGAACAUACAAUUUGCUGCAUUGCAAAACAGGCUAGAGCUUAUGUUCUCAUUUUCACUAGUUGCUGGCUGAAAUACUAAAUACUAGUGAAAGCAAGGCCAAAUAUUCCAGUCUGCUCAAAAAUGAAUGGUUAUAGCAGGAGUGCAGCUUCUUUAUUCUCCACAAUAUCUGAUCUGUUGGUCUUUCUCCAGUGUCCAUAUUUACAGACAGUGGGAUGUCUGAGGGGGGGCAAAAGUGCUUUCUUGCACAUGUCUCAAUGACUGUUGGGAUUUUGUAGCUGUUUCAUUGGAGAAAUAGGCAUUCUUUGGAGGGAUUUGCUGACUAAGUGGUGGGACAGUGGAAAUCAGUAAUCCAUCAAACAUUUUGGGAGAACUUCUUUGUGAGACUUUUUUUUUCCUUAUCUGCUCUCUUGUAUAGGGAGAAGUCAUCUUUACUGUAUGAACUGUUAUUGAAUACAAGAUGCCUUAAUGUAUUUUAUUAUUUUUGUUUGUUUUGAGAUGAACUUUAAUAAAUGCCUAUUUAUCUGC